AUGGUGGAACACAACAGGUCAAGCAAUACCGUAGACGUUAUUGAAAAAGAGCUGAAACAAACAAAGGAGCGGUUCAAACCUAAGGCGCCGCCGUUCCCAUACGUUUUAAGCCCCAUGUCCAUUUUGGAGUACGCACAUGCCCAGAAAUUGAGACUAUGGUCUUUCAUAUUGAGCCUGGCAUGCGUAAGCUGGGCGCUGCUGCAAAUACAGAUGACACUGACCAACAUCCUCAAAAUGGGACCGCUGCCCGAGCACGUCUCAUUCAUAAUGGACGGCAACAGGAGGUAUGCCAAAUCACUGAGCCUGCCUGUCAAAUCCGGCCAUGAGGCCGGAGCUAUAACUUUGCUGAACUUGCUUACAGUGUGCAGAGCACUGGGGGUCAAGACAGUUUCAGCAUAUGCGUUUUCGAUCGAGAAUUUCAACAGGCCUCAAGAAGAGGUUGACACGCUUACCAGCUUGCUUGCCGAGAAACUGGAUGAAGUAGCACGCAGGGCCCAGGAUUGCAAUAGCGAGCUUUUUGGGCUCCGCUUGUGCGUUGUUGGGGAGCGGUCCCGUAUUUCGAAAGAAUUGAACGACAGGAUCUCUAGCGUCGAGAGAAUGACAAGCGAAGGCGACUCUAUGAUGCUCUACAUUUGUUUCCCAUAUACGUCAAGGAACGACAUCUACCACGCGAUUUACGACUGCGCGGAGACCGCCAAGUAUCACGGAUUCCCAGCUGCACAAAUCGACGAAAGCGUCCUAACAAACCACAUGAUGUUGCGGGAGAACUCAAACAAUUGCGACCUCCUGGUCAGGACGAGCGGCCACACACGGCUGUCUGACUACAUGUUGUGGCAGGUCCACCAAAAUGGGCACGUGGAGUUUUCUAGCACGCUGUGGCCGGACUACGGAUUUCUCGAGUUUUUUCGGGUCCUCCUGAAAUGGAGUUUCUUCACAAGCGUGCAGCGUAGGCGCAACUCCAGGCGUUUACUUAGACUUCACACCGCUUGCCACUUGAAAGAGACACUUUUCCCUCGAGCGCCAAAGCAUGUAUCUAUCGAGGACUUGCCUUCUCCACCUCAGGCUAUAUCCGUGGCAGACCGCAGCUAA